AUGAAUAGAGAAGCUAAAGAAAACUAUAGGGAUAUUCAACUACGAAAAAAGUAUAAUUCAAUACACAAGUUGGCUGAAUUAGGUUUAAGCGAACUAUCAGGGUUAUAUUUGACGUCUUUCUAUAACUCAAGUAAAAGAUACAAUGUUAUACUUCCUCAGCAAAUAGUUAGCGAUGGUUCUAAAUUUUGCGGGAAAUGUGGUUGUUUGAGAGUUCCAAACCACAACGUUUUAAUUAGUAGCGAAGAACUCAAUAUUCGAUUUACAUGUUUGAAAUGUGGAGAUAUCAAAUUAUUUGAAAGAAGAAGUAAUCGACCAGUGACCAAAGAAGAGAUUGAACAUGAUUUUGUUGCAACAUGGCCAAGUGAUAAAAAAAAUAGAUAUAAGUUUGAAUGCUAA